GAAAAUGAUGACGUCGGGGUUCGUCAGUAGGGUGCGCAAUAGCGGCGGAACGGAAGACGGGACGGAGGCGGGGAUAAUGUGUUAGUAGUUAAAAACGAAAACAUGGGAUUAAAAUAUUAAAUUUACCGAAAGGAUUUAUAUAGGUGUAUGCAGACGUUUUUGUUUUAUUUCUCCUCUUUGCUCUCAAAGUCAUUCGCUCUUCCUAGCAUUGCUAACGCUAAUUACAACCGCCAUCAUUAACGUCAACGGUAGAUUAGCUUGUGCAUAUUCAGAAGGACUCGGAAGGAUGAUAGAGGAGUUUAUGUGAAGAACGAGAGCGACCACGUGCCAUGUCUCUGGUUUUCCCCCGACCCAACUCCAACGCAGUCCACGGUAAAAAGGAUAAAAGACUGAUGGCAGAAGUGAAUGCAUCACCGCUCAAGCACUUUGUUACUGCAAAGAAGAAGAUCAAUGGGAUCUUCGAGCAACUCGGGGCCUACAUAAAGGAGAGUUCCUGCUUCUUAGAAGACACAUACAAAAAUGAGGAGCUGGACCCAGUCACCACAGAGGAGCAGGUCCAGGAGGUUUGCGGCUACCUCGCAAAGGUUGCAGGGAUUGGUGAAGUUCUUGCUCGUAGACACAUGAAGGUGGUUUUCUUUGGGAGGACCAGUAAUGGAAAGAGCUCAGUGAUCAACGCCAUGCUGUGUGAUAAGGUGCUGCCAUCAGGAAUAGGACACACCACCAAUUGCUUCCUGAGGGUGGAGGGCACAGAUGGCAACGAGGCCUUUAUCCUCACUGAAGGAUCUGAGGAGAAGAAGAGCAUAAAGACAGUGAACCAGCUGGCUCACGCUCUUCACCAGGACGAGGCUCUCGAUGCUGGCAGCUUAGUCUGUGUCAUGUGGCCGAAAGCCAAAUGUGCUCUCCUCAGGGAUGAUCUGGUGUUGGUGGACAGUCCAGGUAUUGAUGUCACGACAGAACUGGAUAGCUGGAUCGACAAGUUCUGUCUAGAUGCUGAUGUUUUCGUUCUGGUGGCAAACUCUGAGUCCACUCUGAUGCAGACGGAAAAAUCAUUUUUCCACAAAGUAAAUGAGCGACUCUCUAGCCCAAACAUUUUCAUCCUCAACAACCGCUGGGACGCCUCGGCAUCGGAACCUGAAUACAUGGAAGAGGUCAGUAUGAAACACAAAAUAUCCAAAAAUUCACACUUUGUUUUAAUACCACUCAAGAAGUCACUUUGCAGCUUCAACAUUCAGUUAAACGUGUUGUGUUUGCUGUGUCAGGUUCGCAGGCAGCACAUGGACCGAUGCACAAAUUUCCUAGUGGAUGAGUUGGCUGUGGUGGACCGGACCCAGGCUAGUGACCGCAUCUUCUUUGUCUCUGCGAAGGAGGUUCUCCAGGCUCGGGUGCAGAAAGCUCAAGGAAUGCCUGAAGCAGGUGGAGCUCUUGCAGAGGGAUUCCAAGCCAGAAUGUUUGAAUUUCAGAACUUUGAGAGGCGUUUUGAGGAGUGUAUCUCACAGUCAGCAGUAAAAACCAAAUUUGAGCAGCACACAGUGAGGGCCAAGCAGAUCUCUGAAGCUCUGCGACACAUCAUGGAGUCUGUGCACAUUUCUGCACAAGAGCAGAGGGUCUACUGUCUAGAAACCAAGGAAGAUCGUCAGUGCAGGUUGGAGUUCAUUGAUAAACAGCUGGACCUUUUGACUAUUGACUGUAAAGAAAAGAUCAAGAAGAUCACAGAGGAGGUGGAGAAACAGGUGUCUAAUGCAAUGGCGGAGGAGAUCAGGAAGCUGAAUGUUCUGGUGGAUGAGUUCCACUUGGAUUUCCACCAAUCACCUGUCGUGCUCAAGGUCUACAAGAAUGAGCUUCAUCGACAUGUAGAAGAGGGUCUGGGCAAGAACAUGUCACAGAGAUGUUCCACCUCUAUCACCAGUGCAAUACAGGCUACACAGACGGACAUGAUUGAGGGUCUCAAACCUCUGCUGCCUGGACCAGUCAGAGAGCAGGUCGACAAGCUGGUCCCCCGUCAGUGCUUUAGCCUUAGUUACGACCUGGCCUGUGACAAACUGUGCAGUGACUUUCAGGAGGACAUCAGCUUCCACUUCUCUCUGGGAUGGACCAUGCUGGUCAACCGCUUCCUGGGACCAAAGAAUACCAGGAGGGCCCUCAUGGGCUACAACGACCAGGUCCCUCGGCCCCUGGCCCUGACUCCAGUCAGCACCAGUAUGCCUCCCUUCCCACAAAACUCCAUGACGCAGGAGGAGUUGAUGGUUUCCAUGGUGACAGGACUUGCCUCCCUCACUUCUCGCACUUCCAUGGGCGUCCUGGUAGUUGGAGGCGUGAUCUGGAAGGCAGUGGGCUGGCGUCUCAUCGCCCUGUCAGUGGGCCUCUACGGGCUCCUCUACAUCUACGAACGCCUCACCUGGACCACCAGGGCCAAGGAGAGAGCCUUUAAGAGACAGUUUGUGGACUAUGCCAGUGAGAAACUGCAGCUCAUUGUCAGCUACACUGGAUCCAACUGUAGCCAUCAAGUCCAGCAGGAGUUGGCGGGCAUGUUUGCUCAGCUUUGCCAGCAGGUAGAUGUCACCCGCCAGAAUCUUGAGGAUGAAAUUGCUGAUAUGAACACAAAGAUUGAGCUGCUGGAUGGUCUUCAGAGCAAAGCUAAGCUGCUGAGGAACAAGGCUGGUUGGUUGGACAGUGAACUCAACAUGUUCACACAGCAGUAUUUGCAGCACAGUAAGUAAAACAGACACAGCUGAACGGCUGGAUGAUGGAGGAGGAGCUGCUGGUGUCUCUGCUAUAGUUGAUGCACUGAAGAAGAAACAAGAGGAAAUGCUCAUUAAUGUUCUAUACACACUUAGAAAUUAAGGACUUUAGGAGUGACAGUAGUGGAGUGACUGAUUAUUUGUGCCAUGGCUCUGCUUAUGGGAUUAGCUACAAAGCUAACAAAAAGGACCUCCAUCAGGUAUUCCUAUUCUCUUUCUGUUCCUGGGUCACGGUCAUGCUCAUUUGUACUAAACACAUCACCUUGGAACAUCAAAUUACUACAAGCUUUUCAUUCAUUCUAACUUCUCUGCAUUGCUGCCGUGCAAGUGGCAAGGUACAUAUGACUGUCAACAAGCAGUUGAGCAAAAGGGAUUUUACCCAAAGAAGUUACCGUUACACACGAUCUACCUCCGAUGGUGAGUCAGAGGAAGAUCGUGUGAGGAAGGAUAAGAAACUGGGAUGCACUGAACUAAAUGUAAAUGUUUGAAAUUGAAGAAGGAAAGAGAAUAAACACUGAGGUCACAUGGAAGUUGACAAUACUUCAGUGCAGGAAAAGUUUAUUCAGACACUUCAUCUUGGAAUCACGACAUAGUGAAUAACUUUGCGUUAUUAAAAAAAUGCAGCACUUAUCUUUCAUGGACAGUUCAGAGAGUAGAUUUUAGCAGGUUGAACAGAGAGACAGGUGUCUUAAGAAAGUAGGAGAAUGUACGCUUCCAUCAACUUCCUCUGAGGUCAGGGUUUUGAGACUACUGCCUGUGAACUCCUCAGCAUCAGGCCCAGAUCAAUACUUUUGUUUCCCUUCUCAAUAAGGCACUGACUGAGAGCACUGAAGUCUUACCUUUAAAUGGAAGAGAAACAAGAAAAUGGACCGAAGUUUGAGUUACAACUUUAAUCACACUUUGAAAAGCAUCAUUUAUGUCACAUGCAACUUUACAAUCUCCUUCGACAUGAACUUGUAUCGUUCUAACAUUUCCAAACUUCAAGGUAUUGGUGUAAAUUUGCUCACAGUAAAGAUGUAGAGUAAUAUAGUCUUUAAGUUAUCCUCCACGACCACAUGUGUAAAAGGUUGUCACUCUGCUGUAUGACUGACAAUGGUUUGAUGAUGAUGAUGAUGAUGAUGAUGAAAUCUGCAUGGUGCAGUUUGUUUGUUAAUGCAGUACUACAACAAAUAUACAAUGGAAAUUGCUUUUACUCGCCACUAUACACAUCAACUUAUUUAUUAUAAUUUGCCAAUUUCUCUUUUUGUCCUCACUUGGGAAGAAACUGCCUUUCCAUUUUUAAAUCAAUACAUUAUGUGAUCUGACAUUGUACAGUGAGCCAGUCUGCUUUAUUAUCUUUGAUUCUGGUCAUUGUCCCAGUGAAAAUGUCUGGACCAGCAGCUGGAAGCUGAUUUUUCAUCAUAUUAUAAAGUUUGAUUUUUACUUCAAAUCAACAGAAACUGGUGACUUAGGCUUUAAAUCGACCUCAGACUCCUGUUGUCUGUAAGUCCACUGGACUGAUCCAAACUUAUGCUCCAACAUUAUAACCUUACAACCUUCUCAACAUCAAAAUAAAAAAGACUAAAUUAUUUAUUUACACUGGCCAAAUCCAUUAGCUGAGGACAUUUUGAAAAGCAGUUUCUUUGGUAGCGUAAACAUGUAUAUACUGUAAUUUAAUGAUUUGCUUUUUAAUUGGGUAAUAAAGGGUAAAUACUGACAAGAGUUUGGGUUUCGCCAGCGUGGACGUCUCUUUGACGGUCUGAUAUGAAAUGAAGCCAAACACUGUGUUGUCACAUUGGCAGGAGGGCUGAUGAGAAAUGUUUUCCUUCAGGUUUAAUAACAUGCACUUUAUUAAGUUUAUUGCUUUUUCUAUUUAGUUUUUCUCACUGAAGGUGUUGUUUGUCAUUUGGCUUCACGAAGGCUGUGGUACCUGCAUGCAGUGAUUGUUAGUUAGUUUGACCUGUUUAUGUUCUGUAUGAAUGUAACUAUGUAAAAAUAAAAGUGAAGAUGUGGAAAAAA